AUGCCUUCGCUAACCCCCAGAUGUAUCAUUGUUAGACACGGUCAAACUGAGUGGUCCAAGUCGGGCCAGUAUACUGGUUUAACAGAUCUACCGUUAACGCCCUACGGUGAGGGCCAAAUGUUGAGAACCGGUGAGAGUGUUUUCCGCAAUAAUCAGUUCUUGAAUCCAGAUAAUAUCACUUAUAUUUUCACCUCCCCACGUUUGCGUGCCAGACAAACUGUGGACUUGGUUUUGAAGCCAUUGAGCGACGAGCAAAGAGCCAAGAUCCGUGUGGUGGUGGACGACGACUUGCGAGAGUGGGAGUACGGUGACUACGAAGGGAUGCUGACUCGGGAAAUCAUUGAAUUGAGGAAGUCGCGCGGUUUGGACAAAGAGAGGCCAUGGAAUAUCUGGAGAGACGGGUGUGAGAAUGGUGAAACUACUCAGCAAAUUGGGUUGAGACUAUCCCGUGUUAUUGCCAGAAUCCAGAACUUGCACCGCAAGCACCAGAGUGAAGGCAGAGCAUCAGACAUCAUGGUCUUUGCACACGGCCAUGCAUUGCGUUAUUAUGCUGCUAUCUGGUUUGGACUGGGCGUGCAAAAGAAAUGUGAGACGAUUGAGGAAAUUCAAAAUGUCAAGUCCUAUGAUGACGACACGGUUCCAUACGUGAAGUUGGAGUCUUACAGACAUUUGAUAGACAAUCCAUGUUUCUUAUUGGACGCCGGUGGGAUUGGUGUUUUGUCAUAUGCUCAUCACAACAUUGACGAACCUGCAUUGGAACUAGCAGGUCCAUUUGUCUCGCCACCAGAGGAGGAAUCCCAACAUGGCGAUGUGUAA